AUGCCUUCUGAAUCCCGAACAUCGGAGAAGUAUUUGAUAGAAAUGCACAGAAUUGUCAUSWACUGKGCAGUGGCUUAUGGWUUGGUGGCAAAAUUAGAGUUCGUUCCCGAAAGUCAAAUGGACGCCGCGUGUGCCGCUUGUGGUGCAGGUCUAGCCUUUAGCUACUAUUUCAUCGCUGCUAUGUCUGACGGCGCCACCAAAAUGGGACUUUCCAGAGAUAUGGCCACAAAGUUCGCCGCAAAGACUGUUCAAUCGGCAGCGCAGUCAUUGCUUGAAUCGGGAAAAAGUUCGACCGAACUUCGAGAUGACGUGUGCUCACCGGCCAGACCCGCCAUAUACGACAUUCAUGUGCUCGACAAAGCCGAUUGCGCUUCAGGUGUGUCCGCAGCUGUCGAGGCCGCACACAAAAGAGCCGCAGAAUUGACUAAAGAAGGAGAGGAAAAUUAA